AUGUGUGUUGGAUCAACUGGUGAAGCAAUGUAUGUUGGAUCAACUGGUGAAGCAAUGUAUGUUGGAUCAACUGGUGAAGCAAUGUAUGUUGGAUCAACUGGUGAAGCACGAUCAACUGGUGAAGCAAUGUGUGUUGGAUCAACUGGUGAAGCAAUGUGUGUUGGAUCAACUGGUGAAGCAAUGUAUGUUGGAUCAACUGGUGAAGCAAUGUAUGUUGGAUCAACUGGUGAAGCAAUGUAUGUUGGAUCAACUGGUGAAGCAAUGUGUGUUGGAUCAACUGGUGAAGCAAUGUAUGUUGGAUCAACUGGUGAAGCAAUGUAUGUUGGAUCAACUGGUGAAGCAAUGUAUGUUGGAUCAACUGGUGAAGCAAUGUAUGUUGGAUCAACUGGUGAAGCAAUGUAUGUUGGAUCAACUGGUGAAGCAAUGUAUGUUGGAUCAACUGGUGAAGCAAUCUAUGUUGGAUCAACUGGUGAAGCAAUGUAUGUUGGAUCAACUGGUGAAGCAAUGUAUGUUGGAUCAAUGAAGCAAUGUAUGUUGGAUCAACUGGUGAAGCAAUGA